CAGCUCCCAUCCACCAUGGCUCUCGGCACUCGCUUCAUUUCACCCCUCUGGCCUGUCCUGUCAUCUCUGCACUGGGCAGCCCUUGGGCAGCACAGGGGGCUCAGCACCCCCCCAGGACUGGGAAACAUGCUUGACCUUGGGGGCAUCUUCCCACCCCUCGUCACCCCCUUCUCACCCAUGCAGGAGGUGGACUAUGCCCGGCUGGAGGGGAACCUGCGCCGCUACGCCAGCAUCCCUUUCAGAGGGCUGGUGGUGCUGGGGUCCAGCGGGGAGUACCCCUACCUGGCACCCCAUGAGAAGCUGGAGGUGGUGAGCUGUGUACGCCGGGCUUUGCCUAGGGAUCACCUGCUUCUGGCCGGCUCGGGCUGUGAAUCCACCCAGGCCACCAUCAAGCUGAUAGUCAGCAUGGCAGAGGCUGGGGCUGACGUGGCGCUGGUUGUGACACCCUGCUACUACCGGGGAUCCGUGACCAGUGCUGCCCUGGUCCAGCACUACACAGAGGUUGCCGAUGCAUCCCCACUCCCUGUGGUGCUCUACAGUGUCCCUGCCAACACUGGCCUGGAGCUGCCCCUGGAAGCUGUCCUCACCCUGGCUCAGCACCCCAACAUCAUUGGGAUCAAGGACAGCAGUGGGGAUAUCACCCGCAUGGGGCUGAUGGUCCACAAGACACAGGAGGAGGACUUCCAGGUGCUGGCAGGAUCAGCAGGCUUCCUGCUGGCCAGCUACACCAUGGGUGCUUCUGGGGGGAUCUGUGCCCUUGCCAAUGUCCUGGGGGCCCCACUGUGCCAGCUGGACCGCCUGUGCCGCGAGGGCCAGUGGCAGGAGGCCCGUGACCUGCAGCAGCGGCUCAUUGAGCCCAACAUGGCGGUAACCCACCGGUUUGGGAUUCCCGGGCUGAAGAAGGCCAUGGAGUGGUUCGGCUACUAUGGGGGUCCCUGCCGUGCACCUCUGGCCCCGCUGAGCUCCCCCCAGGUUGAGGAGCUGAGGAGCACCUUCAGUGCCAAUGGCUGGUUGUGAGGGGUCCACCCCUGCUCCUUCCCACACAGGGGAAGCAAGGAAGCCAGCAAACCGCAGGAGCUGAGGACAUGGUGGGGACAUUGGGAUGUGGCCAGGAGAAAGCCACCCACCUCACUCCUUCCUGCUGGACAGGGCUGCCCUAGGCAGAGUGGGUGGAUGGGGGGACACCCAGCACCCCUUGAUCCCCACCAUUCACACCUGGGAAGAGAAGGAUCCCCAUGUCGUGAGCUGGGAAUAAACCUGCUGC